GGAGACAGUGACGGUUGGAGGAAGACAAGAAGCUCAGACAUGGCGGAGGCGGUGAUCAGCUGAAGAGGGAGCGGCCCCGAGCGGCCGGACAACCCGGCGCUGAUGUUUGAUGCGGUCAGAGAGAGAGUAAGUAAAAUGUUUCAAGCCUGCGUUCAGGAUAGAAGCCAGUAAGAGGGAGCCAGCGAGGGAGAAAAGCAAGGAGUGUCGCUCGAAUGAUAAGAAGUUCAAAUGAAGAAACAAAAAGCUUUGAGGAGAAAAAUAUCCAAUUGAAUCAACCUCUCUCCACAUCUCACAAUAUAUGGUGAGUCGUUUAUAUGUAAAAGUAUUUGAAGUAACGGGAGAAGAGAAACUCACAAAGGUCAGGAAUCUACUUAUUUCACUGAGACGAACAGUGACAGAGACAGACAACCUGGGACCUGCUGCAGUUUAUUUAACAAAGAAGGGAACAAGGGAUCGCUUCUCAUCUUUUAGCAGUGACGUUCUGGCCUGUGUUGACGAUGGCAAAUGUGAGCACAGAGCUGGCGUGUUUAGGCCGUCCAUUCCAGUUGGGGAUGUUGUACGAUUGUCGCUCAGACUCUCUGAUCCCAGGUGUCACACUGUGGGACUUGGAAACAUUGAAAAAUAAUCUGGAUGUGCGAUCUCAGCCCAACACAGAGUUUAAUACCAUUGUCUCUGACUGCAUUGAGGACAAAACUAAUGCCCUGAAUGUCACAGCGACAUUGAAGGGGAGCUUUCUGGGUGGAUUGGUUCAGGUGGAAGGUUCUGCAAAGUUCCUGAAUGACAGAAAGGAAUCUGAGCAGCAGGCCCGAGUGACCCUCCAGUAUUCCACCACAACAACAUUUGAACAAUUGACAAUGACCCACUUGGGGCGCCAGAAUGUGUCUUAUCCCUACGUGUUCGAUCAGGGCACAGCAACGCACGUGAUCACAGCAGUGCUGUACGGCGCUCAGGCAUUCUUUGUGUUUGAUCGAGAAGUCUCUUCCUCAGAAAAUGUAACAGAUAUUCAGGGUACAAUGAAAAUGUCUAUUAACAUCAUCCCAAAGAUUGGAAUCCAUGGUGAAGGUGCAUUGAAAAUGAAAGAAGAAGAAAAAUCAAUUGCCCAGAAGUUGAGCUGCACUUUUUAUGGUGAUUUUGCACUUCCAAACAAUCCCACUACAUUUGAAGAUGCCAUGAGGGUGUACACAACUCUGCCACAGCUGAUGGGAGAGGAUGGAAAGCAAGUGGUGCCUGUCAAAGCCUGGCUCUACCCACUCCACCAACUUGACUCAAAAGCAGCUCAGUUUGUAACAGACAUCAGUAUAAAUAUGGUCAAUCGGUCCCAGGCUGUUCUGGAGCAAAUCAAUGAGGUUGAGAUAAGAUGCAAUGAUAUGAUGAAAGACCAAGUCAGUGAUCAAUGUCCAGAGAUAAAAAAAAAGAUCGAAAGGUUCAGAGCGAUGUGCGUGGAGUACAAACAGGAUUUCCAGAAAGUCUUGGCUAGAGUGUUGCCAUCGAUACGGGGAGGUGAGGAGGAGGAAGGGAAACUGGCAGAUAUUCUGAAGAACAUGGAACAAUCUCCAUUCAGAAGCCAAUCACUCAUACAAUGGCUGGACAACAAGAACAGGGAAAUUUCUCUGGUCAGAGGUUACCUCAGCAAAAUGAAUGACAUAAAAAUGGUAAAAUCACGCAGUGAGCUGGAUAGGGAGAUACUGGACAUGACCACAGUGUAUGUGAUCUGCUUCAUGUUCACAUCGCUGCACAAGGAAGAUUUGUAUUUGUUAGAAAUGGCCAACUAUCUUCAAUGUGAAACCACUGAGAAGACCCAGCUUGCAACAUCAGAUGAGAAGGAAUGGAUUUACUCAGUGAAUGUGUCCCGUGAAAUGAGAGAGCGAGCACGAUUAUUCCUGAUGUUUCACAAAGCCAACAAAGCGGAUAAAAACACAAAGUUCAUUGUUGCUUCUGAGCCAGACGAGGAGCAUGUGGGAGCUUCCAUUUACCUGUAUGAAGGGGGAGUGUUGGUAAGCCGCUGUUUCAAGCCUCUAGCACAACCACAGGCUCCCUCAGUUUGUAGAAAGACACACGACAGUAUAAAGCUACAGUUACAGGCACUAGACCCUGGCAAUGGUGAGUCCGUCCAGUUCUGGGUGGAAUAUCGCAAUGCCCAGGGGGAAGAAUGGGCAACUUCAAACACAGAGAUGGAAUCAGACUUAUGCACCAUAACUAGUUUAUCUCCAUACCUGGAGUAUCAGAUCCAAUACAGAGCAGCGUGUAGUCCACCUAGUGAUAUUGUGAGUGUGACAACACUGCCCACAAGUGCCCCAGAGAAGGUUACAAUGUGCCUGGUAGGGGAGUGUAAUGUGGAAGUCUCCUGGGACAUGCCUGCCCAGAUUGGACAUGGGGUCAUUAUAGACCACUACAAGUUAGAGUAUAGAGAAACCAUGAGCGGAAUCCCCAGCCCUGAGCCCAACAUAUGGAAAACGAUUAGGACGAAAAGCAGUGAACUUCUUCAUAUGUUGAAGGGGCUGAACCCCGGCACAACUUACACACUGAGGGUGUCUGCUGUGUGUGGACAGGUAGCGAGUGCACCCAGUCAGCUGGCCUCAAUAACAACAGACAAAGAACCAAAGUCAGGGGCCCGAAGGCCUCUCACAGGAAGCACAUUAAUAACCAGAAGUCAUGCUAUUUACAAGCUCCCAUUACAUACACAGAGACUUGGCAAGAAUGGAGAGCUUAUAAAAUACAGCUUUGGAAGCUGCUCACCCACACGGAGUGAAAAGACCAUCUUGCUUCUCGGAGAAAGAGAAUUUGGAAAAAACAGUCUCAUCAAUGCUAUGAUCAACUACAUCCUUGGUGUGGAGCAGGAGGACUCGUUCCGUUACAAAAUGACCGAGGAAGUAACAAACCGCUCCCAGGCUGAAACAUCUUCAAUCAUUGUCUAUGAAGUCAACCACCAAGAGCAAUUCAGGAUUCCUUUCUCUCUGAAUAUUGUAGAUAUCCCCAGAUUGGGGGAAACAUCACAAAAUAAGCAUGUGCCUGAAUACAUUAGAUGGUACAAGCUUUAUCAUCAGAUCAAAGGCAUCUUUUCUUCUCAAGAUGGUGUAAAACACAUCGAUGCUUUGUAUCUUGUUGUCCAAGCCUAUUUAGUGCAAUUAACUUCUGGUCAGGAAUAUCAAUUUAGUUCAUUUCUUUCCCUGUUUAGUAAAGAUGUGACUGAGAACAUCCGUGUACUGGUCACCUUCGCAGAUACACAGCUUCCUCCUGUUCUCGAAGCCAUCGUCCAAUCUGACUUACCAUGUCCCAAAGAAGACAAGAUGCCAGUUCACUUCAGAUUCAACACCUCAGCUAUGUUCACCAAUACCGUAACCUCUGGAGAGCCCACCAAUUGCAAUGACAGUGAUAGGGAGGACGAUAACUUUCACAGUAUGACACAACUCUUUACAGCUCUGAGCAAGAUGAAAACAAAAAGUUUGACGGGGGUUCUUCAUAAAGCUCCAGCCUCUCUGACUCUGGAUCCUAACACAGCCAAUCCCCGGCUCUUCCUGUCGCCGGACCGAACCCGAGUGAGACUCGGUUACAGUCAGCAGUUUCCUGACACCCCGGAGAGGUUCAGUCACUGGGCCAGUGUCCUGGGGUCUGAGGGGUUCACAUCAGGGAGACACUACUGGGAGGUAGCAGUGGAAAACAGCCCAUAUUGGAUAGUGGGGGUGGCCCAAGAGUCUGUGCCCAGGAAGGAGAGUUUCACACAUGAACCUGAGACUGGAGUCUGGGCUGUGAGGCUGGUCAAUCGGGAAUAUCAAGCUUUAACAUCACCUCUUGCACCCCUCCACAUGAGUGUGAACCCCCGGGUGCUGGGCGUGUACCUGGACUAUGAGGGAGGACAGGUGUCGCUGUACAACGCUGUCCACAUGUCUCGUCUCUUCACUUUCAUCGACACGUUCACUGAGAAACUCUACCCUUACUUCAGCAUACGGCGGGGCACCGAGCUGACACUGAUCCAAUAGCAGGGGCGACGGUGACCAUCAGAGAGGGGGAACGGGGUCCAUUACCAGUCAGAGAGAGAUAUGAUGGGGACCAAUCAGAGAGUGCAUACGGGGUGAGUCACCUGUUACCGGGCAGAGAGAGAUGGGUGAGGGUGACCAUUCAGAGAGAGGGUAUGGGGGUUACCGGGCAGAGAAUGGAGGUGAUGUAGGAACAUAGAAAAGGGAGGAGGCCAUUCAGCCCCUCGAGCCUGUUCGGCUUUUCUUUCAGAUCACGGCUGAUCUGUAUCUCAACUCCAGUUACCUGCCUUUGCCCCGUAUCCCUUAACACCCCGACCUGACAAACAUCUCUCCGCCUCCGUCUGGACAAUGUGAAUGGAUCCAGCAUAAUCCACAGCCAUUUGGGGGAGAGGGUUCCAGAUUCCCACUGGCCUUUGGGUGAAAAACUGCUCCUAAUUUUACUCCCAAAUGGCCUGGCUGUAAUACUAAGACAAUGCCCCCCUUGCUCCACGUUGCCCCCCAACAAGGGGCCUAGUUUCUCUGUAUCUACACUAUCGAAUUUCUUUAUUAUUUAAAAUCCUCGAUUAAAUCACCCCUCCUCCUUCUAAACUCAAGGGAAUAGAGACCAAGUUCAUGCAAGCUGUCCUCAUAAUUUAACACUUUCAGCCUUGGAACGUCCUCCUGAUGUGAAAAGCGCUAUACACAAAUGCUGUUUUGUUUUGUGUUGAGUUCGUGUCGCAAUAAAAUUGACGAAUGUA